AUGGAGAAGGCGGUGAGAGCAUACGCAGAGGUUCUGAGACUAGUAAGGCGUUUACCAAAGGAUUCAAGGGGUUAUUAUGCCAAAUACGCACGCGAGAACUUCGUCAAUUACCGUGAGGUCGAUCCUUCUGAUUCCACAACUCUUCAUGAUCUCUUUCAACGUACCUACACUCAUUCCAUAUGGGUCCUCCAUAAGUAUUCGGUUGAUGAAUCUGCCGCCGAUAAGCUCAAAGGGAUAUGUCGCGGUUAG